AUGUCUACCCUUGACUCUACCAUACGCCCAACAGCCUACGGUUCCGACACUGAGAGUGACGGACAAGCCUCCGGUGGCCGCAAAGUCUCUUCGAAAGUUGGCCCGGUCCCAUCUUCAGCAACCCUCAACCGACCUGCCGGAAACAUCAUCAAGGGCCCAGUGGAUGACAAUGGCAAGCCGAAGGACGCUGCUUUGCUACUCGGCAUCAAGCUAGAUUUGGAGGCAGAGAUUCACUUGACAGCAAGGAUUCGAGGAGACAUUACGAUUGGAUUGUACUGA